AUGUCCCGAUCGUUUUUAGUUGAUUCGUUGAUUAGUAGUCAACCAAAAGAAAUGCCACCCCAGUGUCGCGUAAUCGAUACACCCACGUUUCCGUAUCACCAGAACUACAUCAGCAGUUAUUUGUUUUCGAUAAGUUUAGCGCGACAACAACAGCAACAGCAGCAGCAGCAACAACAACAGUUUUUGUAUCAACAGUUCCAGCACAGACCGCCUGUUAGACCAGUACCUUCGUUACCAAGAUUACCGUUACUCGAACAAGACGUGUCAAGAGUGAGUCCUGAGCUUAUAUCACCUGUAGUUUCUCCAAAAAGAUCCCUCAGUAGAGAGAACACUCCAACACCGCCUUUGGGCAACCAAAGUUUUAAUACCAGUAAAGAUUCUAGUAAACGAAUAAGAACAGCAUUCACCAGUUCGCAAUUGCUGGAAUUAGAAAGGGAAUUCUCAUCGAAUAUGUAUCUAUCCAGGCUGAGACGAAUAGAAAUCGCUACAUCUUUACGUUUAUCCGAGAAACAAGUCAAGAUUUGGUUUCAAAAUAGACGAGUGAAAUACAAGAAAGAGGAUUUGCCGGGAUCGUCCGGGCAUUCUGGUAAUCAUAACGGAAAAUGUUGUUGUUUUAAAACCUGUUCCAGUUUAAAAGUUGAAAAAAGUACGGAAUCGAGUUGUGAAGAAAAUGAUAUCGACGUUAUGAGUACUGAUGAACAUGGACAUUAA